CAUUUUUCUUCUUGGCUAGGAUGAUGGGUUCGUCGUGAUCGUCGGUGGAAUUCAAGGGGAAGUCAACAAAAACAAAGAUUUUGUUUUGUUUUGCAGGGUAAUGUUACGCAAAUAGUAUUAACGUUUCUCUGGACCGAAGUAAACAAAUCUUCGUUAUACAUAAAUGUAUAUUGACUACUUGAAAAGAACGUUGAGUUUUGACGAAUCCUUUUCCACAGCCUUCCAUCAGAUCAGAGCUAUCCUACUCCUAGGCCUAGACAAGGCCGCCUAACCUUAGAGACUUCAUACGUACGGACCGGGACGUGGUUGUUUUGGAAAAGAGCCUAUGCCUAGCCCAGGCCUCGCUGUCAAACGCAGUCAUUUUAGCAACUUAGCUUCAUUAUUUCCACGUUGUAGGCCUAGGUUGAACCAAGUUGGGCCCAGCAGAAGAUCAUAAAUAUCAGAAUAAAUUUAACAAACAAAAGAAAAACAAAAACAAACAUGAAUGAAGGAGCUCAAAUUACUGUGGUUGUGAGGGCCCCAGACCAAACCUCUAGUGAUUUUGUUAUGGAAUGUAGUGAGCUCUGGACUGUAAAGAAUAUGAAGGCUUACAUUUCUAAAAGUUAUCCAUCAAAACCGGACGAAAAGCACCAGAAGAUAAUCUACUCUGGAAAAUUACUUUCAGAUAAUACAGUUUUAAAAGAUAUAUUCAGGGUGCAAGAAGACAAGCGACACACAGUGCACCUUGUUUGCUUACAACAAACAAGCAGCACCAAAUCACACAGUUUUACAGCGCCAAUUCCAUCCACCCUUCCUCACUCCGCUACAGGACACAGUAGCAGCAGUAAUACUAGUGGUGGUGUAAACGAUUCUCAAAAUAAUUCUGAUGGACUACGACAAAGGCAUGGAGCUAACUCAUCGUUUAACCCAUACUAUGCAUACAAUAAUUACGGAGGAUACCAGAUGCAAUAUGGCGGCAAUAUUCCAUCAUCAUCAUAUUACCAAGCAUAUUGGAUGCAACAGUAUUAUGCCCAGCAAAUGGCCCAGUAUGCCCAAUAUUCUAAUCAGCAGCUGACAACCCCAAAUCCGCUAAAUGCUAACGUGAAUCCCCCUCCAGUCGUCAACCUCGCAGCUCAACCAGUAGCCAAUGUAAACAUCGCUAACAAUGCUCAACCUAACCAGAACAAUGUACGCAUGAAUGCCGGCGUCGGCCCGGCUAUCGAUGAUGAUGACGAUGAUCAAGGGAACCGUGAUUGGCUGGAUUGGAGCUACAUGUUCUUCCGUGCAACUGUUCUUAUAUCGAUUGUUUACUUUUAUUCCUCAAUGAAUCGGUUCAUGAUCGUUAUUGGAUUUAUAGCGUUCUUUUAUAUGUAUCGACAAAGACAACUGAGUCGUCAAAGGCAAUUGGCAGCCGAGGAGGUAGCAGUGGCAGCGGAAGAAGAAAGACCAGCAGAUCAGGUAGACGGCCAACAACAGCAGCAACAAGAAUCCGAUAAUCUGUCAGCCAAUCAACAGGAAGGACAGCAAGGCGAGGGGAGUAAUAUGGAGACGCAGGAAAAUUCUGAAGGGGAUGCAACUACAGCGCCCUCACCACCAGGACCUGGCGUUUUUUCCACCGCAUGGAUUUUCUUCAGCAGUUUCUUUACAUCGUUGAUACCACAUGAGCCACCUGCCGCUAAUGUAAAUUAAAACAAACUGAAAUGUAUUGAAGACAUAGAUUAAAUGGGCUCACUAUUAAAACUUGUAUAUGGUGUCUGUUUUACUCCACAAAGCACUACAGUAAAAAAAAAAAUAUUUUUAGUGAAAUAACAAAAUCUAUAGGUUGAAAUUACAGUUUUAUAACUAACAUUCCGAGGGAUGGAAGGAAACAAAUUUUUAGUUGUGCAGUAUAAGUCUGUAAACUACAUUAAAAAAAACAUUAUAAAAUUAUGAUUUUAUAGUUUGACUACCAUAUCUAAAUAGAAGAACUACCUGGUAUAAUUAGAUUCUUUAUACAGAGGCAUGCUAUGCUGAUCUUUCUCGACCAAAGUUAUGAUGAAAUAAUAUUUAUGAUGAAAUAAUAUUAGUGAUCGUUAUUAUUCCAAACUAAGAGUUUAGUAUUUGCUAGAAUUGUCCAAUUUUUAUGGGGUUUUUUAAAAAAUGUAACAUCCAUGAAAGGAAUUAUUAAGAUUUUGAUAGCAAAUACUUUAGGGUAUACAGUAUGUUUUUUUUUUUUUUAAUCCUGCACUGCAGUGGUGCAAUUUUUGUAAACAGAAAAAUUUCUUACUAGCAUAUCAUACUUGAAGCAACAGACAUGGGAAAUUUCAUAUUUUCGUUUAAUAAUUUUUAGGUGUCUUACGAUGUAAUUGAUAAUAUAUAUGUAUGGUGUAUCUGUUGGCAAGUUCCUUUUUUUUUAAAUUAAUUUUAUAAGGAUUUUACAAAGGUUUAUUAAGCAUGAUUAAUGCCUUUGAAUUCUAAAUUACUGUUAAUUUAUACAAAGGAGGUUUUGCCAUGCAUUAUUCAGACAUUUUUCUUGUAGAAAAAGUGGUGCGGCAUCAUUGUUCUGUGCAUAUAUUGGUUGAUUAGACUAUGUUAGCCUGGAGGCAACCAACUAACCAGUGGUUUUACCCCCAAAACCAUAUUUUUACACAUGGUGUACUAACAGUUUAAUGAUUUUGGUAUGUUAACUGUCGUGAUACAUACUUGUACCAACUGUUCUGUACAUUUUACGAGAGCAUAUAGAAAGAAAAAUAUGUUAUUUUUUAUUAACUCUGUGAAAUUUUUCACUACUACUGUAUAUGAUAUUUAAUGACUUAUAAAAAAUGUUCAAAUGUCUGUAACAAAACAUGUUUUGAAUCGCAUGUUGGGGCGCCACAACCUAGUGUGAUUUAACCUUUGUGCUUGUUCAAAACCAUAAAGAUAUAGAAAUAAGUUGGUCAAAAUGCACCACACCUUUACAACUAGCAAAACCAGCAUCGCAGCUCUAAAGAAACAUGAUCCGUACCUCUGUUAUUAAACUAUUAAUAUUCUGUAUAAACAGUUUAUGUAUAAUACGUAAUAUUUAUAUAUUGUCAUUCAAAUAUACAAAAUCAUGUUUUCAUAAUUAAAUUUGUAGAUGAGUUAUGAAAUCAUUUAUUUAAUGUAGCGAUAUAUUUCUCUUGUAUUAUAAACUGUACAGUUUCAAUAAUUAUAAUAUAAUAUAUUUUGUGUAUUUUUUGCUUGCUCAAUUGAUUAAACUAAUUUCUUGUACAAAUUUAACUUAAUCAUAUUGUUAUAUCAAGGAAGCUAUGUUAACUUAGUGGUGGUUUGGAAGUGUCUUUUUUUAAAUAGUUUUAUUCAUAUUUCAUAAACAUAUGAAACAUCUUAAAUUAUUUUGUUCUUUCAUUAUUCUUUAAACAGAGGAAAUUAUUUUGAAUAAAAACCUUCCUUGGACAGACAUAUA